CCUGAUCUACUAGUAAGAUUGAUAGUGUAGCAGUCAAAGAUCUUAACUGAGAAUCUGGGUCUGGACGCCUUCAGUACCGAGUCCCUACAGGUGCGGGUGCUACUGCUGCGCUGGGCUCAGGGCGUUGCCAGGCAACUGAGAUGGGUGUGUUGCCCUAGGCGAGUGGUUCAACCGGUUUCUUGUCUUUGAUCACUUCCUGUCACUGGCUUACUUCCGGUCUCUGGCUAGCUUGGACUCUGCGGUGAAGACGGGUGGGGGAGGGGUUGGGGAUGUAGGGAGGGACCAGGCCCAAGGGGCAGGUGGGGCCGUUGUGAGCUGCAGGACACCCUGACCCAACUGAAGGACUUAUGCCCUGUGCCGCAAUGAAGAAGCUUUUCACUUUCUGGAGAAGGAAGGAUCAGCCCCACAAUCCCUCCUCGCACCUGCCCGUAGGCCGGGUCAGUACCCAUCACCCCACCCAGCCAGGCUACAACCUUCGAGAUAAGGAUUUAAAGAAACUUCACAAAGCUGUCUCAGUCGGGGAUUUGGAGAAGGUGAAGGAGUACCUUCAGCUCAAGAAACAUGAUGUGAAUAUACGGGACAGAAAAUACAGAACGCCUUUGCACCUGGCCUGUGCUAAUGGAUAUUCAAAUAUCGUAUCUCUCUUAAUUGAGAAAAACUGCAAAAUAAAUGUCUGCGAUAGUGAAAAACGGUCUCCCUUGACUAAGGCAGUACAGUGUGCUAAGGAAGAUUGUGCUGCUGUUCUUCUAAGCCACGGUGCAGACCCAAAUCUGGCGGAUUUAGACGGCAAUACUGCUCUCCAUUAUGCCGUCUGUGGCCAAAGUAUCUCAUUAGUUGAAAAAUUGCUUGAACACAAAGCUAAUCUUGAAGAUCAAAAUAAGGAUGGGUAUACUCCACUGUUACUUGCCAUUACUGAAAAUAAUGCAAAAAUGGUAGACUAUCUUCUGAAGAGAGGGGCAGAUGUGAAUGCUUCAGAUAAGAAUCAAAGAACAGCCCUUAUGAUUGCUAUAAGUGAUGAACCAACAAAUUUAGUCAGUCUUCUUCUUCAGCAAGAGGUGGACCUAUCUUGCCAAGAUAUUUAUGGAUUCACAGCUGAGGAAUAUGCUUCUUUUAAUGGCUUUACUGUAUAUCAUCAAUUAAUUGCCAAUUAUGGAAGGAAGAAGAACGUUGAACAGAAGUCUAACUCUGAAGAUACAACUUUGGGCACUGUAUUUGAUACAGAAGAGCUGAAGGAAGUUAUGGAUGAGAGUUUUGAAGAAGACCCAUUAGCAGGUAGGAUUUUUAUAGAUUUAUUACUUCUUAAAUAAGGGAAUGAAGGAAAUGGAACUAACAUUUAUUCGUGUUUUACUCUGGGCUAGAUGGGACAUUAUGUGCUUAAUGUGUUCUCUGUAUAAUAAUCAUAAUAGCUCUGCAAAGUUACCAUGCUGUCAUUUUCUUCUCUUUAUUAAUUACAAAAUUGUGAUUUAGGGAACUUGAUUAAUUGGCCCAAGAUCCCACAGUUAAUAUGUGCUGAACCAUAAUUUAACUCCAAGUCAGCCAGGCUUUCGGACCAAC